GGAUUGCAACAGCUUUGCGCAGAAAGCCUCUCAGCUAUGGAAUUGCUUCUUAGACAGACAUGCCCUCUGGAAACUGGGGAUCUGGGGCUUGAGGCAGGGGGUGGGCGCUUACCAGACCUCCUGGACCAUUUUCAGGCUAGUUUUACUGCUUAAUGCUGACCUCCUCAGCAGCGUUUCAGGGGGAAUAGGGGAGUCAGAGAGGCUUGUGGAGCCUCGCCGGUCGGCUGGGGGAAGGGAGAAAGUCUUCAGCAUGAGGAGUACUGAGCAGGUGGGAGGAUGUGGGCACCUCGAGAAGGCGCACAGUGUUAUCUGAGUGGAGCCUCAGUCUCUGAGUCGGUGCACUCCCGCUCAGGGUUUGGGUCAGGAUGAAGCUUUCACAGAUGGAAGGAAAAUAAGCCAGUGGUGCUCGUAAAAGGGAACAUAAUGGGGUUGCUUUGCUAGUAACGAACACUGUUUCGUUUUCCAUUCUAAAUUCUAUAUACUCUCUCUCAGACUGAACUUUGGCAUCAGAAGACUAAUUUCUUUUGGCAUACUCAGACAGACUUUGUUUUAUACCAUACAAUAGUUUAAAGCCCCAUUUUAUUAUGCUGCUGCUUUGUAACAAGGAAAAUGACAUUUCUUGCGAUUGUCCCUGACAUUUAUGGGAGAAAACAUUCCACUGUUGUAGCCAGCUUGCUCCCAUUUUGUAUCGUGUGCUAUAAAUUUUUUAAGUAUCCGUGAAGAAUCAGUUUGUAGUUUAACUGCAGUGAAAAAGGAGAGCGUGACCUGAGAGCACUCUCCAUCUAUUCAGACCUGAAAAGCACUUAUCAGAUGGUUUUAUGUGACUUACAAGCCCAUGGCACUUUAGGAACCCCAUAAAGUAUUUCCAAGACAAAAUAUGUCUUAAUUUUGUGCUUAAUUCAUCACAAGCAAGCAUCUCCCUACAUAGGUGCUCUCAGUGAAGAAAUCAUCUCCUGGACGUCAGCAGGACAUAUACUUGUCUCAUGUUAUUUUGGGGCUAUGUCUCGUGGAGAGAUUCCUCCAGUGAGAGAGCGGUCUGAGCGAGUGGCUUUGUCUAACUGGGCAGAGCUUACACCUGAGCUGCUAAAGAUCCUGCAUUCUCGGGUUGCUGGCAGACUGAUCAUCCAUGUAGAUGAGCUGGCCCAGAUAUGGAAGGUGCUGAGUCUCCCAACAGAUCUGUUUAACAGUGUGAUGAACGUGGGCCGCUUCACGGAGGAGAUUGAGUGGCUGAAGUUUUUAGCCCUUGCUUGCAGUUCUCUUGGAGUUACCAUUGCCAAAACUCUCAAGAUAGUGUGCGAAGUGUUAUCAUCUGACCAUGACUGUGGACCUCCCCGGAUCCCAUUUAGCACCUUCCAGUUUCUGUACACAUAUAUUGCCGAAGUGGAUGGGGAGAUCUCUGCCUCACACGUCAGCCGAAUGCUGAACUACAUUGAACAGGAAGUAAUUGGUCCUGAUGGUUUAAUCAAGGUCAAUGACUUUACCCAAAACCCCAGGGUUCGGCUGGAGUAAAAGCACAGUUUUGGCAAUUUUAAAGGAAGAUACAGAGAUGAUUGAGCUUCAGAAUGACUGAAUCCCACGUGCCAUCCAAUGUCAAUUUUCUUGUACAACUGGUACACACUAAUAAACAAUUAAGCAAACAUGCGAAACCAGAAA